AAACGACGUUCAGUGUCGUGCACCGCGCCGCCCGUGCGAAGAUGGCGGCUGAGCUGCAUCCGCGCAGCGGAAAGCUGAUCGCUUUGUCGAACUCCAACCGAACCGCUCAACGAAAUCAGCCUGUACAGGAAUUUAAUCACGGCCUGGUCCUUAGUCGGGAGCCGCUGAGGGACCGCGAUGUCUUCACUGUCCGCAUCGACAAGAAGGUGAACUCGUGGAGUGGAUCUAUAGAGAUUGGUGUGACUGCGCUGGACCCAGCCGGUCUGGAAUUUCCUAGCAGUGCCACAGGGCUGAAGGGGGGCUCGUGGAUCGUGUCUGGUUGCUCUGUGUUAAAGGACGGCCGCUCAGUCCUGGAGGAGUACGGUCACGACCUGGACCAGUUGGGGGAAGGGGACCGUGUGGGCAUCCAGCGGAAUGGGAAAGGGGAGCUGCAUCUGUGGGUGAACGGGCAGGACUGCGGCAUGGCGGCCAGUGGACUUCCAUCCCAUUUGUGGGCCGUGGUGGACCUCUAUGGGAAGUGUACCCAAGUGACUGUGGUGAGCUGUGAACCCCCACCUGAAAUGGAAGGGGAUGAAGAAGAGGAGGUUGAGGAUGAGAUAGAGUCAACGCCAGCAGAGUCCAUAAUGGCAGAUCGUAACCACGAUGAUAGGGCUGGAGCUAUAGUGUUGUCUGCAGCUGGUGAAACAGAGGCACUGAUGAAUGGAUUGGUGGAAGUGCCUGAGGUGUCAAGGACGCACAAUCGGCCUGACAAGUUUCCAAACAACUUUGAGCCUGAUAGUGUUUUGACUGAGCAUCAGUUAUUUGAUGUGUUCAACAAUGCCAUUGUCUCUCUGUAUCGUUCAGAGGACGAGGGUGGAGAGGACUUGGGGGUGGGAGGGGGAGGGGGGAGCUCGGACUCCUUGAGGGGCGGUACAGGAAGUAGCGGUGGAGGCAGAGGAACAGGAAGUGACAGCGGCAUUGGAGGCGUAGGUGCAGGUGGAGGCAGUAGCAGCAACAGCAGCCCAGCCAGGAGCUCUAGUGGGCCAAUGGGACUGGGGGUGGCACCAGGCGGCAUGACGACCAAUGACGCGCUGCUGUUCCACGAGAAAUGUGGCACGCUGAUCAAACUAAGCAACAACAAUAAGACAGCAGAGAGGAGAAGACCGCUGGAUGAGUUUAAUAACGGAGUUGUCAUGACAAACCGCCCACUGAGACAUAACGAAAUGUUUGAGAUUCGCAUUGACAAAUUGGUGGAUAAAUGGUCUGGUUCUAUUGAGAUUGGAGUGACAACCCACAACCCAAAUAAUCUUGACUACCCUGCAACAAUGACCAAUUUACGCUCAGGCACAAUCAUGAUGAGUGGCUGUGGGAUUUUAACCAAUGGGAAGGGGACCCGUCGAGAAUACUGUGAAUUCAGCCUGGAUGAACUCCAGGAAGGAGAUCAUAUAGGGCUGAUGAGGAAAGCCAGUGGAGCUCUACACUUCUACAUUAAUGGCAUUGAUCAAGGUGUUGCAGCCAGCCAGACCCCUGGUGUAGUGUAUGGAGUGGUGGAUCUCUAUGGCAUGGCAGUUAAGGUCACCAUCGUUCACAAUCAUAACCACAGUGACCGGUUACGACGCAAUAAUGCCAUUAUGAGGGCACUUUCGCCUGAUGUGGGACGCCCUCGGCCUGCUCUCUCAGUGACACCUGAGCUCGAUAUCCCAGACCGCUUGCUCUUUCAUUCAAACUGUGGGCAGAAAGCUGCAAUCAUUAGCGAUGGCAGGACUGCGUUACGGCCUCAUGCGACGGAUGACUUUAACCACGGCGUUGUGCUUAGCAACCGUCCGUUGCACUCCAAUGAGGUUUUCCAGGUGCGCAUCGACAAAAUGGUGGACAAAUGGGCGGGCUCUAUAGAGAUUGGUGUGACAACUCAUAACCCCGCCUAUCUUCAGCUACCAUCAACCAUGACCAAUCUGCGCUCAGGAACCUGGAUGAUGACAGGAAAUGGCGUUAUGCACAAUGGAACUACAAUUCUUGAUGAAUAUGGGCACAACCUGGACCGCCUCAAAGCUGGAGAUACAGUGGGAGUUGUCAGAAAGGAGGAUGGGAGUUUGCACUUCUUUGUGAACGGAGUGCCUCAGGGUCCUGCAGCCUGGAAUGUUCCGGCCAGUGUGUAUGCAGUGGUGGAUCUGUAUGGACAGGCAGCCCAGGCCACCAUCAUGGAUGACAUGGCUGACCUCCCUCCAUUACCUGAUGACAGUUCUGAGGGUCCUACUGCCAUGUCUCCUGGUAGCCCGUGUUCAGUGUCUGGGGUUACAGCUGCUAACGACCUGCGCUUUCAUCAGCUGCACGGCACGAAUGCAGUCAUUACGAAUGGUGGCCGAACAGCGCUCAGGCAAAACUGCCGCAGCGAGUUUAAUGAUGCCAUCGUUAUAUCAAACAGGUGCCUUCGAGAUGGAGAGCUCUUUGAAAUUGUGAUUCAGAAAAUGGUUGAUCGCUGGUCAGGCUCAAUAGAAGCAGGAGUGACAGCAAUCAGACCAGAAGAACUGGAGUUCCCUAAUACGAUGACUGACAUUGACUAUGACACAUGGAUGCUGAGUGGCACAGCGAUCAUGCAGGAUGGAAAUACCAUGAGGAAUAACUACGGCUGUGACCUGGACUCUCUGACCACGGGCUCCAGGAUCGGGAUGAUGCGGACAGCAUCUGGAGAUCUGCAUUACUUCAUUAAUGGAGUUGACCAGGGUGUAGCUUGUACUGGGCUGCCACCAGAAGUGUUUGCUGUGGUUGAUCUUUAUGGUCAGUGCGUGCAAGUUGCAAUUACAAGUUCCUCUGGCCCACUGGAUAACAGUCUGUGUACCAGUAACAUCACAGAGAAGAGCUUCCCCAUACACUCCCCAGUGGCUGGGGUUGCUCAUCGCCUGCACAGCAAACAUGGUAAAAACGUGGUGUUAUUAGGAGAUGGUUGCCAAGCAUUGAGGGUAGGGGGAUAUGCCCAUGGAAUUGUCUUUAGCGCAAAGGAACUCAAGACGGACGAGGUGUUUGAGGUGAAGAUUAACAAAGUGGAUGAGAGGUGGUCCGGAUCGCUCCAUGUGGGUUUGACUACCCUGCAGCCCCCUGACCUUCCAUCCUGCCCUCUCAGCGGCCUCUCGCCUUCCCUUACUCAGCUCAGAUCAAAGGUCACCUGGGUCCUCGCCGGCUCUGAGGUCCGACGCAAUGGGGUGCUGCAGAGACAGAACUAUGGCUGCUCUCUGGACCGCCUCAUGGUGGGAAAUCGUGUCGGGGUAAAGAGAUGCAGUGACGAUACCAUGCACAUCCUCAUUGAUGGAGAAGACAUGGGACCUGCAGCCACUGCCGUGGCAAAGAAUGUGUAUGCAGUUUUUGACCUGUAUGGAAAGGUGACGACCGUGUCCAUCGUCAGCUCCACGCUAGUGGAGGAUGCGGAAAGUGUGAAAGCUCCCUCGCUCUCCUCUGACAGCUGCAGUGAGGUAGAGGAAGACAGCACUCCUGUCAGAGAGUGUGAGAAUGGGCCUCCUCUGGUGCCCACGGUCAUGACGUUUUUGGAAAAUCAUGGAAAAAAUAUCCAGCUGUCCAAUCAGAACCUUACUGCCGCCAGAGUGUCCAGCUACAACCAGGGAUUAUUGGUCACAGCGCAAGCUUUGCCCCGCCAACAACUUUUUCAGUUUCAGAUAGACCGUUUGAAUCCAUCGUGGACGUCCUCUCUGUCACUGGGUGUGAUUGGUCAUUCACCAGACCGCCUCAACUUCCCUUCCACAGCUUGCUGCCUUAAACGCUCAGUCUGGCUACUGCAGCGAGAUUCUGUUUUCCACAACUCACUAAAGAUUUGUGAGAACUAUGGUCCUAACCUAGACACCUGUCCUGAAGGGACCGUUUUGGGACUGUUGGUGGACAGCAGUGGCUGUCUUCACCUGUAUGUUAAUGGCAUGGAUCAGGGCGUGGCAGCCCAGGACAUCCCCAGUCCCUGUUAUGCACUUAUUGACCUUUAUGGCCAGUGUGAACAAGUGACUAUAGUGGCGAACUAUGUGCCAGUGGUUGGUGGUGAGAGAGAAGACAUGCGUUGUCAAGGAGACAUGGAGAAGGCUGAUAUGGUGGAUGGUAUUAAGGAGAGUGUGUGCUGGACUCCUCCUCCCGAGGUUAAUCCCAAUAAGACGUGCGAGUAUCAGGCGCUAUGCUCCAGAUUUAAAGACCUGCUCACACUGCCUGAUGGUUACUUCAAUGAGGAUGCAAAGUAUAAUCUGUGUUACUGUGAGUCUUGUCACAAAUUACGGGGUGAUGAGGCCUAUUACAAGCGAGGGGAGCCUCCCAGAGACUACGCCCUGCCCUUCGGCUGGUGUCGGUUUGCACUCCGGAUCAAGACCCACUGCGAAGUCUCCAAUGCCUUCAAGAAGUGGCACAUUGCAUACCAUGGCACUAGUGUCGGCUCCCUUAGACGUAGCCUGGACCACAACCAACUCUUGUCAGCAGAAUCGUCAUCCAUUUUCUCUUCGUCCCCACUGAAGAUAGAGGGUCACGGCAGUUACGGGGAGCCAGAGGAGAACAGCGCCCCAGAGCGAGAGAUCCCCCGUGUGCAGCUUUCACCAACCAUGCGCUACUCUGGCCUUGAGGUCUUUGCUCCUAAAGUGCAAUUCCGAGACCCACGUUCUCUCCGCUGUCACCAGGCCCAAGUGGGCUUCCAGGUGUGCGUGCGGCCAGGCUCAUACAAAGUGGGGCCGACAUCACUGGGAAUCAGUGAGCCCCUGGACCCUCGAUUCAGCAAUGCAGAGAUUGAAUGGAUCACCAAGGAGAAAGGAGGCACACUUCUCUAUGGCCUGCUUAUACGGGUGGAGUAGAAAAAGACACUCAAACGAGGAUAUUGGCAUCAUCUUCCUCACUUCUCAAAUAUCAACCAAAAUUUCAGCGCAGCCCCUCUCAGACUCUCGGGAUGCUUGAGGCAUUGAGGAUUUAGCGAUGUUUUCCUUCACAGGCUCAAUCAUCUCUGCAUGUUGUUUCAGACAAACUUUUGUUUUGUUUUUGUUUUUGAAGGAUGGUGAUGUUAAUCCCCAGAGACAAAGACACUGCCUGCACUUUAUGUUUCGGACACUGGUGGGCGAUUUUUUUUAUUUUUUUUGUCUUUCUUUUAAAUUCACUAAGCAGGCUCUCAAUUCAUUUUCACCCCUUUGCGCUGUCUCUCUCUACAUCUUUAAAUAUGUGUAUCACCCCCUCUGUUUUUGCUUGGAGGAGAGCCCUCGCUUCCGACAGAAAUAAAAUUAAACUGAACACAAGACCACCUAUAUAUAGCACAGCCCCGGAUUUAUAUUUGUUUUUGGAUUAUUUUUUUCUUAAGACAUGCAAUGGACAAAUCAACCUGGAAUUAAGAGACCGGUUUCAGAGAUAACACGAAAUGAAAAUGUCAAGAAACUCGCAACCUGAGAACAAGGAAAAGUUAAAAAGAUGAAGAAAAAUAUCACUUAUAAGGAAGAGACUACAGCGUCUUUUUCGUUUAUUUCAUCGCUGUGUUUUACUCACAUUUGGUUUUCAUUAUAGCUGUGUAUUUAUUCAGAAAUUAGAGUAAUUAUAGUGUCUUAGGCAACAUGCUAAAUGUUGAUUAAAGCAGCUACAAAAAGGCAGAAUGCUAUCGUAUUGCAAGAAAUGUAAACUGAACAAUUUCUAAUGUUUUUCUUGAAUACACAGAUAUCAAUACCCUUUGUUUUAGCCUUUGUAAAGGUAGACACUAUACGAGAAUGAAAGUGAGGUUGUGAGGGAAAGAUAUACUGUCUGUUUAAGGGGUUGUACCGUUGUGUACCUUUGCGUCGAACAUUCAGCUGAGAAAACAUUGAAAAUACAAGCUAAAAAAAUGUAAAAGGACAAAAAAGAAAAUAAAACAUAAUUUUUACGCCAUUUGUUGAGAAAACUAGACCUUAAUUGAAGAUACUGUACUCGUUUCCCUCGUAACCUUGAUUUAAUUCAGGUCAAAUUAAAUAUGCCAUUUUCCCUGACUAAGGUCUAUGUUGUGGGACUUUUGGGAUGUUUUUACCCCGUCUGACCCAUUAUUACCCCAAAGGAUCAUUUCAUGUGAAUUUAACUGCAACAUAAGCACAUUCUGUUUAAAGGAAUUGUUCACCCAAAAAUUAUCUCAUAAUUUUCUCACCCUUAUACCAUCCCAGAUGUGUAUGACUUUCUUUCUUCCGCAGAACACAAAUUAAGAUUUUUAGAAGAAUAUUUCAGCUCUGUAGGUCCUCACAAUGCAAGUGAAUUAUGGCCAAAACUUUGAAUCUCCAAAAAGCACAUAAAGGCAGCAUAAAAGUAUUCCAUAAGACUCCAUUGGUUAAAUCCAUGUCUUCCGAAGUUAUAUGAUUGGUGUGGGUGAGAAAAAUCUAUAUUUUUACUAUAUAUCUCCACCUUUGACCAGUCCCGACCAGUAGAUGGCGAUAUGCACGAAGAAUGCGAAUCACCAAAAAAAAAAAAGAAUGGGGAAGUGAAAGUGGAGAUUUGUAGUAAAAAAGGACUUAAAUAUUGAUCUGUUUCUCACCUACACCUAUCGUAUUGCUUCAGAAGAUAAGAUUUGAGUCGUAUGGAUUAAUUUUAUGCUGCCUUUAUGUGCUUUUUGGAGCUUCAAAGUUCUAGCCACCGUUCACUUCCAUUGUAUGGAUCUACACAGCUGAGAUAUUCUCCUAAAAAUCUUCAUUUGUGUUCUGCGGAAGACAUCUGGUAUGGCAUGAGGGUGAGUAAAUGAUGAGAAUUUUGGGUGAACUAUUCUUUUAAGUGGACAUAUACGCACAAACACAUGAUGAUUUUGGCCCCUUACCCAAAAGCACUCAUUAAAAAGAGUUUUAUUAAGAUAUAUGUAUGUUUGAUCUGUGUCCUCUUUGGCCAAAGGCAAGUUCCAGUUGUCUUUGCAUCAGUCAUGCACUUUCACCCAUUAUUUUAGGUGUGCCACCUGUGGAACUUUUUUUUUUUUAUUGUUUAAAUAGUUCACUGCUUUAGACAUUGUUUACACGUGGUUUAUGUUCAGGUCUGUCUCUGUUCUAAAAUAAUAAUGAGUGCUGUUAACUUAAACCAAGCCUAUUUGUUUACUCACAAACAUCAGUGUAAGAACCAGGAUCUGAGUGUUGCUCAAAAUUAAUGGUGGCAGGUAAAACAAAUUUAAUUGAAAAGUCUCUUUGUGCAAUACAUUCAACAUCCUGUUCAAAAGGAAGGACUGUUUAUUCAACUAUUCAGUUGAUGUGCCCCUGGUCUCAUGAAGAAUCAUGGGAAUUGAAGUUAUCUGAUUGAAUACCUUUACCAGAGAUUGGUGUUUAUACUGGGAAUAUGAUUUGUUUUUAUUAGAUUGUUUACUCCAUGCUAGACAUAUUGCCAUUUUUAUGUAUUCUCUUAUGACUAAGGUUGCACAAAUGUAAGCCCUCGCUGGAAAGAAAUCAACACUCUUUUGAUUGUAUCUAGACUUUAAUUACCCUCCCUCUACGAAGGCAUAUCUAUCUAUUUUUUGGGGGUUUCUCUUUUUAAUUUGUUGCCAAGAUGACAUACUUGAGUGUACAUUUUACAUUAGCUAUCCCGCUUUAUUGCCAAGGGCGAUGUCUGAAUGAAUGCUUGCUGUGUAACUCAAAAAAUGUGAAAACACAGGGUUCACGUUGGCCCAUUGCUGCUUUUUCAUUUGUAUUAUUUGUUAACGUUUGUGUUAUUUUUAUGUCUGUAUGUUGUGUUGUACAGCCUGUUACAUAACACUAACGUUACCUUGCUGGUUUGUAAGAAAAUAAAAAUCCAAAAAAAAGAGAGACAAUUAUGCACAACA